AUGAUGACGAUGAACUCAAAACUCAUAUUGCCUUUUGCUCUUGGAGUCACCCUCGUGUCUGUCACAGCUUUUGUUGUCUACUAUGUAUUCAAAAAAGACGAAGAGGAAAAUGAGCAGAGGGUGGAUAAAUCUGUUAAAACUGCAAAAGUAAAUGUUAUUGAGAUUAACAUCCCAAAGAGUAUAGUUCCAGCAUUAAUAGGUCGUAGUGGAGCCAACAUAAAAGAGAUAGAGCGUAAGACUGGAGCUUUGAUACACUUCAAAAAGUUCAGUGAUCAGGAUUAUGAUGUUUGCAUUGUUCGUGGUCGAAGUGAAGCCAGCCAGUUGGCAGAGACCCUCAUCCAUGACUUCAUGAAUCAGCAACCUGUCAUAAUUACAGACAUCAUGGAAGUUCCUGGAUGGGCUUGCGGAAGGAUUAUUGGCACUGGUGGUGAGACAAUCAAUGAUAUUAGUCACCGCAGUGGCGCACGCGUCAAGAUAGAAGGUCAAGCAGGGGUGGACCGCGCGGCCCAGCGACAAGUCACGUUCCGAGGCACUAAGGAACAGAUAGCCAUUGCCAAAGGACUUAUCGAAAAUUGCGUAGCCCAAGAGAAAUGUCGAAGAGAGAUCGAACAGUCAAAACGUAGCCCUAGACAUACGCAACCAUCAUCUGUGGCCUCCGAAUCAGCUGACCCCGAGGAAGCCCUAGGUGACCCAGCCCACAAGCAUGUCAAGUAUAAGCGGCCUGAGAAUAGCGGCGCGUCCAUAGAGGUGUACGUAUCGGCGGUGUCGUCGCCGUCUCGCUUCUGGGUACAGUUCGUGGGGCCGCAGGUGUCGCAGCUGGACGAGCUGGUCGCGCACAUGACGCAGUAUUACAGCGACAAGGAUACGCGCGCGUCACACCAGUUGAAGCAAGUGUGCGUGGGUCAAGUGGUGGCGGCGGUUUUCAGACAUGACGGCCGCUGGUACCGCGCCAGAGUACACGAUAUACUGCCCAACGAGUAUGACGCCACCAAACAGGUGGCAGAUGUAUUCUACGUGGAUUACGGCGACAGCGAGUACGUGGCUGUGGAGGAGUUGUGUGAGCUGCGUGCAGAUCUGUUACGAUUACGAUUCCAGGCGAUGGAAUGUUUCCUUGCCGGCGUAAAGCCUGCGGGUAAGGAGGAAGAUGUAGUGGCGGUUACAGCUGCGGGACAGCGCUGGGACCGCUGGGACCCGCACGCAAUAGAACGCUUCGAAGAACUCACUCAGGUGGCUAGAUGGAAGCCAUUAGUGUCAAGAACGUGCACAUACAAGAAGACUUCCACCGUCGAAGGCGAGAAAGAGAAGGAGAUACCGGGCAUUAAAUUGUAUGACGUCACUGACGAGGGUGAGUUGGACAUAGGCGGGGUGUUGAUUGCGGAGGGGUGGGCGGUGCGGGGGGAGUGCGCCCGCCCGCCCCCCGCGCCCGCGGCCACGCCCUACGGCGAUCUCGGCAACUCCAGGGUUCUAAACAUGUCGAUUGGGUCCAGUGGACGUUCUUCUUCCGUGCCUAAGGACCAUAAAGACGAUAAUGCAGAACAGGAGCAACAGCCGACGGUCGAAUCGAAAGAAAAUGAACAGCUGGCGACGUCCAAUCUCGACAAAUCCAGUCUAAAAGCCGUGUCGAACUUCGAUCUAUCGUAUUCGGACUACAAGCCGAAACAAGUGAACGGCUCCCAAGAAGACUUCCUACAUUCGGAGCGGAGUGAUGCUGAUAAAAACGGGUCUACAGACACCCUAGUGCCCCAAACACCUAUCCACCAGAAAUCACCUAGAGACGAGUUCAAAGCGAACAUCAACAGAAUAGACUCCCACCAUAAUAAUUUAGAGGCUCUAGGUAGAUCGCAAAACGAAUUACAUAAGUAA